AGACAUAACAGCGUGUAGAUUUUUACAUCAGAAACUAACAGGGUGAUUGUGAUUUUGGCGAGGCCUGUAGCUAGCCGGCGCCAAAAAACUUCCCAAACACUCGUCACUGUUAGAUUUUGAAAUUGAAAGAAGAAGACGAAGAACAAGAUCAGAGAGAGAGAGUGAGGCCUUUUGAGGCCGUAAAAGGAAAAUAGAGAUCGAGAAUGAGCGGAGCGAAACUGUGCUCGUUGUUGGGUGAAUUGGGGUACGAAGGUGCAGAGGCAUUGGACCCUGAUAGCUUCGAAUGGCCAUUCCAGUACGACGACGCACGCCCUAUUCUUGACUGGAUCUGCUCCAGCCUCCGUCCCUCUAAUGUCCUUUCACUCUCCGAACUUUCCCAGUAUGAGCAAUUUCUUCAAGAGGGGAAGCUACUUGAGGGUGAAGACUUGGACUUUGCUUUUGAUAGCAUUUCAGCUUUUGCUUCCAGGAGAGAUAACCAAGAGGCAGUUUUUGGAGCUGAAGAGGGACUGAAGGACAUUAGGGAUGCAACUGUGGCCUAUAGAACUGAAGCUUUAGAGCUGCAGAGGCAACUUAGAAGCUUGCAGUCUCAAUUUGAUAUGCUGUCAGGUCAGGCAUCUGCCUUGAUACAAGGGAGACGAGCAAGAGUUGCUGCUACAUCUACUGUCAAUGGACACCUUACUACAGUAGAUGACAGCCUUUCUGGUAGAAAUUUAAAGAUGAAUGCUGUUCUAGAAAAGAUUGCUUCUACCUCACAGGAGUUGGCUCAUUAUCAUUCUGGAGAGGAGGAUGGAAUCUACUUAGCUUACUCUUACUUUGAUCCGUACUUGGUUGGAGAUUCAGCUUGUAUAAAGGAGCUAAAUCAGUGGUUUUCUAAGCAGUUGGACACGGGCCCCUUCCGAUUAGUUGCUGAGGAUGGAAAGUCUAAGUGUUCAUGGGUGAGUCUCGAUGAUAUCUCAAAUAUCAUCAUACGAGAUAUUGAAACAUCGCAUCAUCAACGUGUCUCUGAGUUGCAACGACUUCGUUCAGUUUUUGGGACAAGUGAAAGACAAUGGGUGGAAGCCCAAGUUGAGAAUGCUAAGCAGCAAGCUAUUCUAAUAUCACUGAGAUCCCAAGUAACCUCAGAUGAAGCACACAUUCAUCUUGAUCUUCACUCUCUCAGGAGAAAGCAUUCUGAACUAGUUGGAGAACUAUCAAAUCUUUAUCACAAAGAAGAGAAAUUGUUAUCUGAGACAAUACCGGAUCUUUGUUGGGAGCUGGCUCAACUCCAAGACACAUACAUUUUGCAAGGAGAUUAUGAUUUGAAGGUCAUGCGUCAAGAAUAUUAUAUUAACCGGCAGAAAACGUUCAUAAAUCAUCUGGUUAAUCAGCUUGCAAGACAUCAGUUCUUAAAAAUUGCUUGCCAGUUGGAAAAGAAGAAUAUGCUUGGAGCAUAUUCCUUGCUUAAAGUCAUUGAGUCAGAGCUGCAAGCUUACCUUUUGGCAACCAAAGGCCGUGUGGGUCGCUGCCUUGCACUAAUACAAGCUGCAUCUGAUGUGCAAGAACAAGGAGGGGUGGAUGAUCAGGACCAUUUUCUGCACGGUGUUAGAGAUCUUCUAAGCAUACAUUCAAAUGCACAAACUGGGUUAUCGACAUAUGUAUCAGCUCCAGGCAUUGUUCAGCAGAUAUCUAGUCUGCAAUCCGACUUAAUGACUCUUCAGUCCGAUCUUGAAAACUCUCUUCCUGAGGAUAGAAAUAGAUUUAUCAAUGAGCUGUGCACUUUAAUUCAAAGUUUGCAGCAAUUACUUUUUGCCUCUUCAACCACUGCACAACCGAUACUGACACCUCGGCCAUUAAUGAAAGAGCUUGAUGAAAUGGAGAAGAUUAAUGCCAAGCUCUCUGCCGCAGUGGAAGAGGUGACACUUGAGCACUGCAAGAAGAAUGAGAUUGUAAAACAUCAUUCUCAAGAGGUUGCCCUUCAGCGACGGGUCUUUGUUGAUUUCUUUUGUAAUCCUGAGCGUUUGAGGAGCCAAGUUAGGGAGCUCACAGCGCGAGUCAGAGCUUUGCAAGUUUCCUAAUUCAAAGCACUGUUUAACCUUUCCCCCGGUUUCUCUGUGUGUGUGUGAAUGUGCAAGGUAGUUCUGUAUGUAGUUUUGGAAUAACUUCAUUUGUAAAUCUCACUACUCGUGGAUGACAAUUUAAAUUUAAUGAAAAAUUGCCGGCCUUUUUGAA